UAUUUUAAAACAGGGGAUGAUUUUGUGUAACAAAAGUGAUACAUAAAGUUGUUUUUUUUACGAAAAAUUCUUAAUAAAUGUAACUUUUUAAAUAAAAAAUACGUGAUAAUAUUUCGAGUAAUUUAUAAGUUUACAUAUUUUUGGAAAUCGUUUUUUUUUUUACUCUUCCAAAAAAUAUGAGUGAUAGCAGCGAUUUGGACAGACAAAUAGAACAAUUAAAGAAGUGUGAAAUAAUAAAAGAAGCCGAAGUGAAAGCAUUAUGUGCGAAAGCACGGGAAAUUUUAGUUGAAGAAAGUAAUGUUCAACGGGUCGAUUCUCCAGUAACGGUAUGUGGAGAUAUUCAUGGACAGUUUUAUGAUCUAAAGGAACUGUUUAAAGUCGGAGGUGAUGUUCCUGAAACUAAUUAUUUAUUUAUGGGUGAUUUUGUUGACCGAGGAUUCUAUAGCGUUGAAACGUUCCUAUUACUGUUGGCUUUAAAAGUUCGUUAUCCAGAUCGUAUAACAUUAAUUCGAGGUAACCAUGAAUCGAGACAAAUUACACAAGUAUAUGGUUUUUAUGAUGAAUGUUUACGAAAAUAUGGUUCAAUAACUGUAUGGCGAUACUGUACAGAAAUUUUUGAUUAUUUAUCGCUAUCAGCGAUUAUUGAUGGAAAAAUAUUCUGUGUUCAUGGUGGCUUAUCACCGUCAAUACAAACGUUAGAUCAAAUUAGAACAAUUGAUAGAAAACAAGAAGUACCCCAUGAUGGACCCAUGUGUGAUUUAUUAUGGUCCGAUCCAGAAGACACACAAGGUUGGGGCGUAUCGCCGCGUGGAGCUGGUUAUUUAUUUGGUUCUGAUGUAGUUGCACAAUUUAAUGCUGCCAACGAAAUUGAUAUGAUAUGUCGAGCCCAUCAGUUAGUUAUGGAAGGAUACAAAUGGCAUUUUAAUGAAACAGUUUUAACAGUAUGGUCAGCCCCUAAUUAUUGUUAUAGAUGCGGUAACGUUGCAGCGAUUUUAGAAUUAAAUGAACAUUUACAAAGAGACUUUACAAUAUUCGAAGCGGCCCCACAAGAAUCAAGAGGCAUACCGUCAAAAAAACCUCAAGCCGAUUACUUUUUGUAAUGAUAAAUCAAUUUUCCUUUUUUUUUCAAUUUAUAAAUAUCUAUAAUAAUUAUAUA